UUUUCCUUCCUCAAACGGCUACAUUCUCUCUCUUUUCUCUCUUCCUAUUUUUUCAUUUCUCACCCCAUUUCAAAAUUUCACAAGAGCUGCAUUUUUCUGGGAAACCCUUUUUCAUUUUAUCGGGAAAACCGAUCCCCCUUUCUUGCCAGGGGGGGUUUCUAGACCAAAGGCAAUUCACCAAUCCCUUUCAAUCACAGGUGAAGAUUAAGAUCCUUUACUAUAAUAUUAGUAAAGCUCUCAUUUUUGCUUUUCUGGGAUCCCUCAAAAGCAUAUUCUGUUCGUGAGGAAGGUGUAACGAUAAAGUUUCUAAUCUGGGUUUCACCAAUCAAGAAAAAAAAACAUCAACCUAAAUUUAGUAUCUUACUUUGAAGAUCUGUGUCCUUCACAUCCUAGGUUAUUGACACCACAGCUUUCCUGUUUAAUCUGUUUAGCGUAUGUGCUAUGACAUUCUUUUCUGGACAAUUGUGCAUUUGGUUACAAUAUUUUCGCUAAUAAAUAAUGUUAGUAGCAGAAAGCUACGUGCCUGCUUUGAAACAUUUUAUGCUCAGUUUUGAUUGAAUCUCUGGGGUUCAAUCAAUCGUGUUUGAUUAUAUAUUUUUUUUCUCUGGGGAUGUUGGAUUCAUUAAAAUGAUGUUACAUAUUAUAGGUCCAACACUUGAGUUACGUGGUAAAAUGAUGGAAUGGAACCAUAUCGUCAAUAAUUAAUUUUUCAGCAACAAACGUAUUCGGAUGCACUGGCAGUAACGUGGCAUUUUUAAUUUAUCUAUUAUUGUGGUUUGUUCCAAGCCUUGGAGGCCUAAUUCUAAGAUAAUGGUGUGGGUUUAAUGUUUAAGAGGGAUAAUUGUUUAGUAAAGAGACAGUAGAUGAAUUAAGUAUGGGAAUUUGAUAUUUAGCAACUCGUGCAUUGUGUCAUUGUUUCACUGAUUUACCAUAUAGUUGAGCCUUGACCAGAUGGGCCCCCAAUGGCUAACCUUUAUUCAUUGGCGGUAGGCUUUUUUGACAUAAACUAAAAUCUUUAAUGUUUCUUGUAGCAACAAUAGUGUGUUUUUUUUUCCAGUGAGAAUCUCACCACAAUAUGGGCAUGCUGUCAUUUAAAGUGACAAUUCUAUAUUGAAACUUGAUCUUUGAUCGUGACUUGUUUUGAAAGAUUGACCAUGGAUUUUAAGUCUGUUACAAGUAUUCUUAAUUUCUACUUUCAUGACACAUGAAUUUGGAAUGAUUGUUUCUCAAGUUUAUGUUCUUUUGGCCUUUUGGGGAACAAUGGUUUUUACAGUUUUUUCGCUGUCGGUAGAUACAAGUGAUCCAAAAUGGCUAGACAUCAAAAGGGUCUUCUUUUACAAUCCAAUACAACAUGUGAAUCUCUUCUUAACGAACUUCAGAUAAUAUGGAAUGAAGUCGGGGAGUCUGAGACUGAAAAAGAUAGAAUGUUGUAUGAGCUUGAAGAAGAGUGUGUAGAAGUAUAUAGAAGAAAGGUAGAUAAAGCUAAUCGGUCUAGAGCUCAACUAAGGCAGGAGAUUGCUGAUUCCGAGGCAGAGCUUGCAUGUAUCUGCUCAACAAUGGGAGAGCGACCUGUGCAUUUUAGACAGUUUGACAAAAAUGCUGGAAGCUUAAAGGAAGAGCUGGCAAGAGUUCACCCAGAGCUGGAGGAAAUGCGGAAAAGGAAGUUUGAGCGUAGAAAUCAAUUUAUAGAAGUUCAAGAACAGAUUCAAAGUAUCUCAAAUGAGAUUUGUAGUACAGGAGAAUAUAUUACUGCUGUUGUAGAUGAAACUGAUUUGUCAUUGAGAAAGCUUGAAGAAUUACACAGAGAGCUCCUUGCACUUCAGAAAGAGAAGAGUGAACGCCUCAAGAAGGUUCAAGACCAAAUAUGUACCUUGAAUUCUCUCUGUUCAGUGCUUGGUUUGGACUUCAAGCAGACAGUCAGUGGAGUCCAUCCUAGCUUAGGAAUUUCAGAAGGUCCUAGGAGUGUCAAUAGUGAAACCAUAAAUCAAUUGGCUAUUGCCAUACAAGAAUUGCGAAAAGUUAAACUGCAGAGAAUGCAAAGGCUUCAAGAUCUAGCUUCAACAAUGUUGGAGCUCUGGAAUUUGAUGGAUACGCCUGUUGAAGAGCAACAGAUGUUUCAGAAUGUUACUUGUAAUAUCGCUGCUUCAGAAGAUGAAGUAACUGAACCAAACAGCUUGUCUGAGAACUUCAUCAACUAUGUCGAGGCAGAAGUAUCCAGGUUGGAAGAGUUAAAAUCAAGCAAAAUGAAAGAGCUUGUUUUGAGGAAAAGAGCAGAGCUAGAGGAGAUUUGUCAUAAGACUCAUUUGAUUCCAAAAAUUGAUAGUGCAGUGGAACAAGCUGUUGAAGCGAUAGAAUCUGGAGUGGUAGACCCAGCUUGUGUGCUUGAACAGCUUGAACUUCAGAUUGCCUCUGCAAAAGAGGAAGCUUUUGUCAGAAAAGAAAUACUUGAAAAAGUUGAGAAAUGGUUAGCAGCACGUGAAGAAGAAUCUUGGCUUGAGGAGUACAACAUGGAUGAAAAUCGAUACAAUGCUGGGAAAGGUUCUCAUCUUACUCUCAAGCGAGCGGAGAAAGCCCGUGCCUUGGUCAGCAAACUACCAGCAAUGGUAGAGGCUUUAACUUCAAAAACUAUAGCAUGGGAAAAAGACAAAGGCAUUGAGUUCACAUAUGAUGGUACCUGUCUGAUCUCUAUGCUUGAGAACUACUCGCUAUCACGGCAAGAGAAGGAGCAAGAACGUCGUAGGCAGCGGGAACUGAAGAAACUUCAGGGACAAAUGACAGCGGAAAAGGAAGUACUCUAUGGGUCAAAGGUAAGCCCUUCAAAGGCCCAGAGUGCAAAAAAGACACCUAGAGCUGGAAGCGCAGCAUGUAGAAAAAUCUCCCUUGGAUGUCAGACACCAAAAUCUGAUUCGAAACCUUAUCAGUCACAGUCAUCCUUCAUAAAGAGGACAGAUAAAGCCCACCAAAAUGAUCGACUAAAUAAUCUGGAUGAUGAUGUUUCAUAUUUAUCAUCAGCUAGAAGAGGACUUGAUACUGCUCGUGAAAUGGAAUCUCCUUCUACACGCCAACCUUUUUCUCCCAUCUCUUUAACGGUAUCAUCGAAAGCUAAUGAUGCAAAUGCUGUAGACGAUAUACAGAACAAGAAGUUGCCGAACACAUUAGUAGUUAGCAAUUUUCCAUCCAUCACUACUACAUCAAAGACAACCACAGUGGUGGAUGAAGAAAAUAGAACUCCUAUGAAUACGUCCAUGACUCCAACCCCUGCCGCAGUUCCUUAUUGAGAAGAGACCGAAUACUCCUUUGAGGAAAGAAGGCUCGGUUGGUUUGUUUGGUUUUCCAGAUUACAUAUUAUUACACUGUUAUUGUAAUUACCUGUAAAUGAUAAUCUCAAGUCAAAUGUGGCUUCCCGAUUAUGUACAUAGUCUUAAGAAGGGGGCUUGGCCUGUGUUGUGGAAAGUACAUACUAAUGAUAAAUUUUGCAAUCUAAUCUGAUUUUCUUUUUUCACAGAUAACUGUUUCAUCUCAACCAAAACCUG